CACUAGCAGGGAGCUAGAUUGGAACUGGAGCCGUUCAAAUUUAAACCAGUGCCCAGAUGGGAUGGGAUGCUGGUAUCACAGGCAGAAGCUUUACCUGCUGUACCUCAGCUGUGGCCCUGAAGCUGGUCAUAAUGGCAGGUGAAGAAAUUAAUGAAGACUAUCCAGUAGAAAUUCAUGAGUAUUUGUCUGCAUUUGAGAACUCCAUCAGCACUGUGGAUGAGAUGCUGAAGACCAUGAUGUCUGUUUCCAGAAAUGAGUUGUUACAAAAGUUAGACCCACUUGAACAAGCAAAAGUGGAUUUAGUUUCUGCGUACACAUUAAAUUCAAUGUUUUGGGUUUAUUUGGCAACUCAAGGAGUUAAUCCCAAGGAGCAUCCCGUAAAACAGGAAUUGGAAAGAAUCAGAGUAUACAUGAACAGAGUCAAGGAAAUAGCAGAUAAGAAAAAGGCUGGUAAACUGGACAGGGGUGCAGCUUCGAGAUUUGUAAAAAAUGCUCUGUGGGAACCGAAACCUAAGAAUGCAUCCAAAGUUGCCAGUAAAGGAAAAAACAAACAUUAACUUUAACUUUGGUUUUGGUAUACACAUAUUCAAAAUGUACAUCAUUUUUAUUGUCAUAACAAAAUUUCUAAUUAUGUGGCAAUGCAAGGCUUAAAUGUAUUCCUUGUUGAAUUUAUAUGUAAAUGUGUACUUCAGAUUUGUAAUGUAAAAAUACUUUUCUGCCAGAAAGAUUCUUUAUUGAUUUUUCCUAUAGAGCACUCUGAGGUUUUAAUGUUGUGAUCUAUUUUAUAUUUAUAGUUUACCAUCUCUUUUGAUGGCCCUUAUUUCCUUAUGUAGGUCAGUCUUGCAAGUACCAUUUUAUAAACAACUGAAAUUUAAGUUAAAUGUUCUUUGUAAACAUUUACACUAUUUUAAAUGAAUAGUGACCUUAUGAAGUGUGUUAUCUCUGGGCUGAUUUUAUAAGUACAUCUAUUUUUACAAUGUGAUAUUAAGAAAGAAUGAAAUGACUUAAUAUCCUUUUUUUCUCCUGUGUAGUUAAUUCAUCAUGUUUUCAUGAUUUUAGGAAUUAAUUGCUUUUUUUGAUAUUUGGAGUGUGAAAUUAAAACUUUCAGGUUGUACUUUAAUUUUUGGCACAUUGCCUCAAUGUCCCAUUUAAUAUAAAAUACAUUCUCAUUAACAUUAGAUGGGAAAUAAGGUUGUAUGUUGAUGACUCAGUUUUGACAAAAUGGUUAUACUCUCUUAAAAAGGCUGUAAAUGUUGUAUAGCUGACCUGUUUUUUUGUUUCUGUUGCAUUUAAAAUUACUUUUUAAAUCAGAGUGUGUGGUGCUUAUAGUUUUCUUGGUCUCACUUUCUCUGAUUUUUCAAUUACAUAUUUUGAGGCUGUAUCAAGUAUGUACAAGUGUUUUGAAACAACUCUGUAUGUUACAUAAUGCUGCUUAAGCAGAAGAGAAUGCCAAAGGAGAUCACAUUGUGCAAAUAUUCUGAUUUGUUUUCUGAAAUAUUUGUUACAAAGAAUUGUACAUGUUAAAUUUGUUUAUGCCUGUCUGUGAUGUUUAAUUAUAUACCAAAUAGUUUCAGUUUUUGAAUUCACAUCAUUAUGUAUAAGAAUGCCAAAUACAGUAAAGUACUGUAAUUUUGAAAAAGGAUUUAAGAUUUUCUGUGAUUAAUUCUCCAUAAGUAACCUUGAAUAAAUGGAUUUCCUGAUUUAUUGUAGCAGAUAUUGGAAAUGAUCUUAAAAUGUAAUGGGUUUUGUAAAGCAUGUUGAACUCUUUCUGUGACACACAAAGAGGAAGUCACUUAUGGAUGCAGAAAAUCUUUUCUCCUCUGGUGUCAGUUUCUGAAGUGGAAGAACAUUUUUAGUUAUUUUGCACCUUUUUUUACUUCUCAAAUUUCUAGCUGUUUUUAUAGUAACUUUUUUGACAAAAAUAAGUGUAAUAUCAAAUGUGGUUUCAAUAUCUUUGUUAUUUAUUACAAAGAAUCUUAGAAGUUGAAUUUAUGUAUAUUUUUAAGUUUCAUAUGAAAGGUUAAAUGAAAUAUAUCAUACAGUUACAGAAAAUUAUUAGCCCAAUAUUUGGUUUGUGAAAGUUCAGCUCUAUGUUCUGUUACAUUGGAUAUUCUUAAGUAAAUAGUUUUUUGUGUUUAUUAGUAGAAAUAAAAAAGUUUGUGUAUACUC